CUGACUGUCACUCCUUCUCCGACUCCGCAUUUCUCCCACCACUUCCUCCUUCCACUGCAUUUGCACCUUACCUCCCUCCGCUCACACCCUUCGGUCUGAUAUCAUGGCAGACAAGCCAAAGUCCUCGAUCCCGGAGUGGCAAAAGUCCAAUGCCACUCCGGAGAGCAACAGCAGCAGCGCUGGUACCAACGAAGCAGACAUUAUCGCAACCGACAGCCAACCUUCCCGCUCCGAGCUUCUCGACCAAGCAGCCAAAUUCCUCGAGGAUGACUCCAUCCGUGAAGCGCCCAUCGAACAAAAAAGAACCUUCCUAGAGUCCAAGGGUCUGUCUAGUGAUGAGAUUGACGUUCUCCUCAAUCAAUCCUCCGCGGAGCCUAGCACGUCGGGGAAGGAACACAGCAGCGACGAUGACCACCAAACUGCUGCUACCAGCAGCAGCAGCAGCCGCAACGCAACACCACCAUCCUCUCCGCCAGCAAGCACCACAAGUUCAUCAUCCAGUCCAUCCACCCACUCCAACACAAACACCAACCAACCCGCAACAACCCGCCAGCAACCCCGCGACAUCGCCCCCAUAAUCACCUACCCAGAAUUCCUCACCACGCCCACCCCGAACCCCCCGCUCAUCACCCUGCGCAGCACGCUCUACACCCUCUACGGCGCCGCCGGGCUAGCCACAACCUUCUACGCAGCCAGUGAAUACCUCAUCAAACCAAUGAUCGCCCAACUCACCGCCGCGCGCCACGACCUCGCCCGCACCGCCACCACCAACCUCCACACCCUGAACGCACGCCUCGAGCAGACCGUCUCCACCAUCCCAGACCCCAAACCCAGCACCAGCAGUCACCACCAACCUCCCGCCCCAGAAUCCGAUACAGAAUCCAUCGCGUCCGACCCCACGGAACUCUUCCACCGGGACGUGGCCGUGCAGACCACUAGCACCACCAGCACCCCACCGGAACCCUCGCUGAUCACCCACCUGCCACCACACAACUCUGAAGCAGAAGAAGCUGACGCAGCGGCGCAAAAGGUCGCCGACCCGGUGAAAACCGCUUGCGGCCAUACUGCGAGAAUGCAGGCCUUGACUGCUCAGCUGCGCGCGAUGACGGAGACGGAGCAGACCGCGUCGGAUAUGGAUACCGCUUUGCGCGGAAAAUUGAAUGAUUUGCACCAUUAUCUGGAUACGUAUAUCUAUAGUAAGCCGGGGGUGUUUAAUCCUAUGGCGGGGUAUGGCGUGUUUAGUACGCCUGGGUUGGAUGCUACGGGUGGGACGGCUGGUGGCGGUGGUAAUGGUGGCAAUGGUAGUGGGAGCGGUAGCAGCAAGGGCGGAGGAAGAUGCCAUUGCGAACUUCCGGAUGGAGAUUCGCGGGGUCAAAGGGGCGUUGUUGAGUGCCAGGAAUUUCCCGGCCGGGGGCAGAGGCGCUGCUGGAAGGGCUGUGGCCGGCGGGGGGUCGACGCUGGGGAGGUACAAUCGGCCGAGUGCGAGUUGAGGCCCGGGGAAUGGGUGUAAGUAGUUGAGUAUGGCGAUGUCUAGCGGAGGUUUUGGUUGGAUAGAGAUAGUAUCGAAGGGAGAACGCUGUAAAUAUAUCAAGUUGGUGUGCAUGUGAUGUCCAUCCAAUUUCACUAUGUAACAGAAGCAAAACACAAUUAAAAGGUUAUGGUCUACAUCAAACUUCGUUAAGCAAAGACAAAACAUAUCUACUACUCUACUUCCAUCGAGAUAAACAUAAUACUAACAUUAACAGCGAGAAUAGUAGAAAGAAUACCUCACCGCCGGCCAACCACCGUUCGACCGACUUCGGGGACAAACGUCCAGUACAGUCAAACAAUUAUAAAAGUUUUGCCUUGUACAUACAAUUCAUGAUCGUCACAUACUCAACCUUUACGGCGUGGCUUUGCUCAUGCUGAUCAGACGUUUCACACCAACCUAUUUUC